CCAGGUCCAAUUAGGGUUUUCUAAAUCCUUUCUGUUGUUCCGUUCGCAAAAGCUCAGAACUUGAGGUUCUGAACCUUCAAGGAAAAAAAAUUAGAAAAGCUCAAGCCCAUUAACUUCGUCGUCUACCUCCAAUUCUCACUGUCGAAAAUUUCAAAUUAUUAUUAAAUAUUUAGGUUUUGAGGCGCGAAACUGAAGAUUUACGUUUGCUUCUGCCGACGGAAACUCUUUCUAUAGAUCUUCGAGUCUCGAGGAGUUCGUACUUACAUGGAGAUUGACACUCCCGCCACCCCUUUUACUCCUGUCACGCUUGGUGAGAACAAUGAAAUAGCCAGUUCGGAUACUCGGCCUAACAAACGUAGGAGAAAGAAGUCUAUUGUCUGGGAGCACUUCACUGUGGAAACUGUUGGAGCUGGUGUUACUAGGGCUUGUUGUAAUCAGUGCAAGAAGUCAUUUGCUUACAUUACUGGUUCAAAGCUAGCAGGAACCAGCCAUCUCAAGCGACAUAUUGCCUUGGGAAUCUGCCCUGUUAGCCGUCAGAGAAAUCAACUGGCAACAUAUACACCUGGUUCUAAAACUGGAAGUGGUACUGAUCCACCUAAAAGACGGUACAGAGCAAGCUCUGCAUUUACCGGUAUCUCUUUUGAUCAGGAGCAGUGCAGCCAAGAGCUUGCUAAGAUGAUCAUAAUGGAAGAGCUUCCGCUUCAGAUUGUGGAACACUCAGCAUUUACUGAUUUUGUUCGGACUCUUCAACCUCAUUUCAAUAUGGUGAGCUUCAACACUAUUCAAGGUGAUUGUGUGUCCAUAUAUCUUAGCGAGAAGCAAAGCCUCUUGAACCUUAUUGGUGGAAUACCUGGACGUGUCAACCUUACAUUAGAUUUGUGGACCUCGAAUUCAACUAUGGGCUACGUUUUUGUAACUGGACACUUCAUUGAUGAUGACUGGAAUUUGCAUCGGCGGCUGCUUAAUGUUAUAAUGGUACCUACGCCUGAGUCCGAUUAUGCUUUCAAUCAGGCUGUUGUUGCUUGCUUAUCGGAUUGGCAUUUGGGGAGCAAACUCUUUACCCUCACUCUUGAUCAAUCAUUCUCAAAUGAAAUCACUGUUAGAAAUCUUAGAGGGAUCCUCUCUGUCAAGAACCCAUUGAUACUUAAUGGUCAAUUACUAAAUGGACAUUGUUAUGCUCGUGUAAUCAGCCGCCUUGUUGUGGAUGCUAUUGGGUUCAUGGGGGAAAUUGUGGGAAGGAUUCGUGAAAGUGUGAAAUAUGUGAAAACAUCAGAAUCUCAAGAAGAGAGGUUUAUGCAGCUGAAGCAACAACUUCAAAUCCCUAGCACGAGAGAGCUUAUAAUUGAUGACCAGAAGAAAUGGAACACGACUUAUCAUAUGCUGAUAGCUGCAUGUGAGUUGAAACAAGUAUUUGAUUGCUUUGAUACAUCUGAUCCUGAUUACAAGAUAAAUAUAUCUACUGAAGAUUGGACGCAAGUAGAAAUUCUCUGCACCUACUUGAAGCUUUUCUUUGAUGCAGCUAGCAUUUUAACUGGCCCAACAAAUCCCCCUGCCAAUAUGUUCUACCAUGAAGUGUCAAAACUCCACCUAGAGCUGACCCAUGCAGCCAUGAGUACAGAUACUGUCGUCAGCAACUGGACAAGACCUUUGAGAGAAAAACUUGAUAAAUAUUGGAGGGAACACUUCCUAGUUUUUGCGAUUGCUGUAGUUAUGGACCCAAGAUUCAAAAUGAGGUUCAUUGAGUUCAGUUUCCCUAAGAUCUUUGGAGUUGAAGAUGCUGAUAUGUGGAUCAAGCAUGUUGAUGAUGGUUUACAUGAAAUUUUUUUUGAUUACUUUGCACCAAUGCUUUCUCUACCCGCAUCCUUCGAGGAAGGGAAUGAUGUCAUUCUCAAAACGGAAGCAUCUGACAAUGGACCCCAUCAACAUGGAGCCCCUUUAGUUCCAGCUGGAGAUGGAGUUGUUAUGCAUGAAUCUGCUCAAGGAAUAAUCCCUACUGAUGGAGGAAUCCCUGCAGAAGGGGGCCCUCAGGAAGUAGCCCUUCUAGAAGGAGAGCCUCGAGAUGGAGCCUCUCUAGAAGGAAACUAUGAAUAUGCCACCCCUCUAGAAGGAAAUUCCCAUGUUGAUGACACCUCACUAGGAGGAAACCUUCUUCAAGAUGAUGCCACUGUAGGAGGGAACCCUCAAGACAGAGAUGAAGUAGCCCUUGUAGAAGGAGAGCCUCGAGAUGGAGCCUCUCUAGAAGGAAACUAUGAAUAUGCCACCCCUGUGGAAGGAAAUUCCCAUCAUGAUGACACCUCACUGGGAGGAAACCUUCUUCAAGAUGAUGCCACUGUAGGAGGGAACCCUCAAGACGGAGCCCCUGUGGAAGGAAGCCUGCAUGAUGGAGCUCCCAUUGAAUCAAAACCUCAAGAUGGUGCCCCUGUGGAAGCAAAACCUCAAGAUGUAGCCCCUCUGGAUGGAGAUACGCAAGAUGAGACCAAUUUGAAUGAAAACACUCAUGAUGGAGCUGUUGUGGGAGGAUAUAGUCAAGAUGGAGCCACUGUGCUAGGAGAUACUCAAGAUGAAGUCCCAAUAGAGGAGGGAAACACUCAAGAUGUAGCCACAACAGAGGGAAACCCUCAAGAUGGGAUCCAUCUUGAAGGAAAUACACGAGAUGGAGACCCUCUAGAAGGAAUACCGCAAGAUGUGCCCCUGCCAGAAGGAACUGUACAAAAUGGAGCCCCUUUAGAUGGAAACACUUAUGAUGGAAACCCUCAAGUACCAGGUGUACCCUCCCUGGAAGAUUUUUCAAUGGAAAUUGAUGCACCAGAAUUACACCAUCAGGAAGUAAACCCUGCAGAAGUAGCUCCUCAAGAUAUGCAUAUGCUUACUAUUGGGGAUGGGCUUUCAGAUUUUGAGGUUUAUAUCUCCGAAAUUACGAGUAGCCAACAGAUGAAGUCAGAAUUGGAUCAGUAUCUAGAAGAAUCUGUUUUGCCUCGAGUGCAAGAGUUUGACAUACUGGGUUGGUGGAAACUAAAUAAAUUGAAGUAUCCCACUCUCUCUAGGAUGGCUUCUGAAAUUUUGUCGAUACCAUUAUCAACUGUUGCUCCUGAUUCUGUAUUCGACACUGAAAGCAAGACGAUGGACAGCUAUCGGAGUUCAUUGCGUCCUGUGAUCCUCGAAGCCCUUAUCUGUGCCAAGGACUGGCUCCAACAUGCGUCAUCAUCAUCAUCACCUUCUACAUUUGCAGAGAUUUCCAAUGCAAUCGUUAAGAUGGAAUUUUAGGUCUCAUUUCUGAUUUCAUAUAUGUUUUGCAUCAUAGAUUUAUCUUUACCUAUCCUUUUACGUUCAUUCUCUUUAAUUAACUUCUGAACGUUUUUUUUCUGGUAGUACUGUAUUAGACAUUGCUGAUAUGCAGUGAAAUGUUAUUGACCUCUUGAUUUUCUGAUGGAUUAUUUCAUAUUAUUACUCUCCAUUUCUUUUC